AUGUCUGGUCAAAACGAAUCUGCUGCCUGGCCCAAGGCCGAGGACGGUGCCCUCGUCCAGGAGCUCCUCGACUGCGUCCAGCAGGCCAGCCACUACAGACAGCUCAAGAAGGGUGCCAACGAGGCCACCAAGUCGGUCUCUCGCGGUACCAGCGAGUUGGUCAUCCUCGCUGCUGAUACUCAGCCUCUGAGCAUCGUUCUUCACAUUCCUCUGCUCUGCGAGGACAAGAACGUCCCUUACGUCUACGUUCCUUCCAAGACCGCUCUUGGCCGUGCCUGCGGUGUCUCCCGCUCGGUCAUUGCCGUCUCUCUCACCUCCAACGAGGCUUCUGAUCUUAACUCCAAGAUCCGUGCCCUUCGUGACAAGGUUGAGCGUCUCGCUAUGUAA